GAACAUGUUUAGUGUGUUCGCUCGAAAGGGAAAAAUAAAGAAGACGGCGUCGGGGCAGACGCAGGGAGUGAGAUGUGCUCGAUGAAGAUUGUUUCUUGGAAUAAUCGGGGUUUGGGGGGUCUAGCUAAGAGACAGGAGGUUCAUAAGUUGGUGGGGCAUCAGCAACCCUUUUUAUUGUGUCUUCAAGAAACUAAGCUGCAAUCUUGUGACGAUUUUAUUUGUUCGGCUUUAUGGGGUAAUUCUCCUCACGAGUUUUCCUAUCGUCCCUCGGUGGGCGCGUCGGGGGGUCUGUUAACUUUGUGAGAUUCCGCUGAGGUGGAGGUGUGGUCGUCAGGGAGUUUUGAGUACGUUUUGUGGUGCUAUGGUCGGUUCGUUAGGUCCGGGGAGGAGUUUUAUGUGGCAAAUGUUUAUGCACCGUGCGAUUCACGGGCCAAGCAGGCCUUGUGGGACUCGCUUUCUUUGAAAAUUCAAGCCUUGGGGAGAUCAAGGGUGUGUGUUUGUGGGGAUUUUAAUGUUGUCAGGAGUGUUGAUGUACGUCGUUCGGUCAGAGGCGGGUAUAGUUCUUUGGACCAUGUUCCUUUCAACCGCUUUAUUGAUGAUAAUACUUUGAUUGAUUUACCACUGUGUGGUCGUAAGUUCACUUGGUUUAAAGGGGGUGGGCGGUCUAUGAGUCGUUUGGAUAGAUUCUUACUUUCUGGGGAUUGGUGUUUGACUUGGCCUAACUGUACACAAGCAGCUCGGAUGAGAGGACUAUCUGAUCAUUGUCCCUUGGUUUUGGCAGCGGAUGAGGAGGAAUGGGGUCCCCGUCCCUCGAGGAUGUUGAAGUGUUGGAGAGAUGUCCCUGGAUAUAAACUGUUUGUGCGCGAAAAGUGGAAUUCCUUUCAGUUUGAUGGUUGGGGAGGUUAUGUUCUUAAAGAAAAACUUAAAGGGAUUAAGACAGUCUUGAAAGAGUGGCAUACGGCUCACACCCAAAAUCUGCCUAGUAGGAUUGCGGCUCUUAAGGACCAACUUGCAGCGCUUGAUGAGAAGGGAGGGGAAGUGGUCUUAUCUGAAUCUGAGUUAGCGGAGUUUCAUGGUGUGACAUCGGAUAUUCAUUCGCUUUCCCGGUUGAAUGCUAGUAUAUGUUGGCAGCAGUCUCGCUCACGGUGGCUUAAGGAAGGGGAUGCUAACUGUAACACCCGAGUCUGA